GUCUCCAGCUUGCUGGUGUCUACAGGGACGGCGAGAGAGGUGCAGGCCUGCCUGGCGUGGCGCUGCAGGGCCUGGUUCCUGCGCACGGCCUGUUCUCGUCUCUCACACACGAGGCGGUAGUACUGCUCCAUGCUGCUGCCGCCGCCGCCUAGCUAGCUCUGUGCAUUUGGGGGGUGGAUCUCUCAGCCCGCGCGAGUGGGUGGACCUUCGAACCCAGGCAGUGAGAAGAGGUGACGGAGAUGCCCUACGUACUGAUCAGCACCCAAAUCAGGCUGGAGUGUGGUCCCACUCUCUGCGGUGAAGAGAACAGUGACCCUGCCCUAAUGAACUAUCUCAACGCCACUCUCCAGAGUCUCGGUGGAAAUCCAUUUAAGGUGUAUUCGACUCCCGAUCAUCCGCGGAAAGUUCUGGACAGACUGGCAGACUUGGGCUAUCGCGUCGUUGCCACCUCAGGCGUCGGGCAGACCUGCAUAUGGACGCUGUUUGCCGACUCUCCUACAAAGCCUCCUAGCCUCCUUUAGCAACAGAGUAACUAGUGUUAGUGACCCUGUAAUCACACAUCAUGUACAUAAACAUACAAAAUAUUUAUACUGGUCACAGCUGGAAGUAUGAAAGAUGAUUUUCCAUUCAUAAACUGCGAAGACUUGCAUAUCGACUCCGCCAAUU